AUGCUGGCACUAGAACAAUCUCCUCAACUGGUGAGUUAUUAACAUGCUUUGCAAAAAAGACUGUGAUUUCAAGGUCAAACAAUAGACCGAAAUGCCUCACUUUUUUGUUGAGCUUUGAGACAAAAAAUUUUGUAAUUAUUUCUACUGUCGAAAGGGAUGUUUCUGCAAAAAAUAAAUUCUUUUUACUCAAAACUGGAACAGAUAUGGCCAAAAAAAGUUUUUAUCUCUGCCAGAAUUUCGCUUUUUACGGUUGCAAGAUCGUUGUGAUAUCUCAGCUCCUGCGGAUUAAAACUGUAUUUUAAAAUAAUCACCCUGCUCUUUCAGGAAUGUCUGGACGACGGCAUGCGUCUUCAUUUUGUCCCCGAGCCCAACCAACCAUUUUCUGGCCACGUCUACGUAAAAGGAUUCUUCUUCAGCAAAAACUGUCAUCUCGACUACAGUCGGAAUGUAAUUCGCGACCCCUUCUUUUUCCAUGUCCCCUUCAAAAGUGAAUGUCAAAUCAAGCGGGAGAAACAGAAGCAAGGCACAAGCUACUCGAUGAUAGUGGUCGUUCAGCAUCAUCCAUUGUUCAUUACCGAAGUGGACAAGGCCUAUGAUGUGUCGUGUUUCUACAACGAGAAUCAGAACAACUUGGAGCAAUCGUUCGAGAUCAACGACAUGACAACGGCGGGGCUGUCGGACGAGAAGUUCCUGCCCGACUGCAGCUAUGUUGUUGUGCAGGGCGGACUGAAUGGGGAGCCGGUGAAGUUUGCGAAUAUUGGAGAGACAUUGAUCCACAAGUGGUCGUGCGUCACUUGUAAGGGAUUUUUUGCAAUUUUCACAGCUGUCAUGGCGUUUUCAUUGGCUGGGCCGUCACUGAAAAGUGUCGGACCUGAUCCAGCGGCAAAAAAAGUGCCAUUUUGCACUCGGGAAGUAUCAAAAAGUGCAGCAAAAUACCUCCAAAAAACUCCGAAUUCAAAAGCGAUUUCAAGAGCGUGCAAAGUAACGUGUCUGAUGCAGUAGCAAAAGCAAUCAUUUUGCAUCCGGAAAGUAUCAAAAAAUGUGGCAAAAUGCCUCCUUCUCCAACAAAAAAAAACUCCUUUUUGAAGGGCGCGCUUUUGAAAUCAGACUUUUUUAAAACAGGGGGAGGUAUUUUGCUACAUUUUUUGAUACUUUCCGGAUGCAAAAUGGUACGUUUUUUCCCACAAAAUCAGGUUCGCUACUCAAGUUUCCAUUCAUUUUUUCAGCGAACCAAGGGAUUCUGGUGCACACUUGUUAUGUCCGUGAUGGCGCUGGAACUGAGUUCCUUCUGCUGGACGAUAGAGGGUAUGCUUCUUUUUCUUUGUUUAAAUCCGACAUUUUUUCAUUUUUCUCCAAAUUUUGAGUUUCAGAUGUCCCACAAACGGCUCCCUAAUCAAAGAGAUUACCUAUUCCUCAAACUUGACCAGCGCCUAUUCACCGAUCAACGCGUUCAAAUUUGCGGAUCAGAUGAUUGUGUAUUUCAGUUGUCAGAUUACGUUGUGCCGACAGGAAGACCAAGGAUGUGAGGGGAUAACGGUGAGCUAAGUUUAACUUUAAAACGCUUUUUUUAUCACAGACAUGUCAUUCUAUAUGCGUUUACUUUAGCCGCCCGCUUGUGGGCUUCCUACAAUUCCCGACCGCAACACAACAAAUCCGGAUGAAGGCGUGGAUAUUGAUGGCAACGGCGGUAAGAGUUCCAAAGAGAUCAUAAAAUCGCCUUAAAUUUUACGACGCUUGCCGAAAAAUCAAGUCAAAAAAUUCGUAUUCAGCUGUAAUUUCAGUGACUUCAACAACGACCACAACGACAACCACAACUCAGCCGAACAAUGACAUCAAUGGUCGCUCAGAGGCGCAGCAAGCUGACCCUUCAAAUAUCUUCUUCUCGAUGCCUUUCCCAUCAGCACGGCAUGCAAGAAAACGGAGAGAAAACAAUUACACAGAUGUCACAUUGGACGUGAAUUCUGACUCGGUAGGUUGUGUGUGAAGACUAGAAAAAUGAACACCAUUUUUCAGUUAAUUAUCUUUACGAAGGAUGAAAAUCCAGGCGGAAGUCUGGCCUUCCGAAUGGACAACAUCUGCUCUGCCGCGUAUGGGCAGAUCAGUAUUGGAUGGUUGUGUCUUAUAAUUGGUAUGGAAAUACGGCAAAAAGAACGUUGCUACAGUGGCGGACCUGAUACAGUGGCAAAAAACGUGCCAUUUUGCAUCCGGGAAGUAUCAAAAAAUGUAGCAAAAUACCUGCCUCUCCAAGUGAAAAAAUCUGAUUUCAUAAACGCACCUGCUCUUCUUUGUGAGGGACCCUUCAAAACGGAGUUUUUUAGUUGGAGAGUGAGGUAUUUUGCUACAUUUCUUUGUAAUAAAUGAUACGUUUUUUGUCACUGGAUCAGGUCCGUCAUUGUAGUGGGCGGGAGGUGGAGUACCCAAACGAAAUUAGCGACAAAAGUGGGGCGGGUGGCAAGAUGAGUUAAAAAUUUGGGCAUGGUGACCUCCACCCUCCAGAAUUUUCUGUCAUCUACGCCCAAGACAAAGAAUAACGCCCUCCCAACCUUAAUUUGAAUUUACAGGUCUAGUCGCGACUUGUGGAACCGUCCUCUUUAUUCAACAUCAACAUUACGAGCGUCGACUAUCAAACAUGGCCAAGCUCGUCAUGCCGUUGGAAAUGAGCUUUCAACGCCCGCAAGUUCCUAGAAGUCAGGCCGACCAAGCGUUUGUCUAUCAAUAG